CUCUCAUCCUCCUUUUUUUUUUUUAAUUCUUUCAUUCAUAUUUUUUUUAUUCACUUUUUCUUCAUAAUAAAGAAAAUAAAAUCAUCUCAUGGAUUCAAGUACUGGGACUGAUUCAUCUCUUCAACCAACUGAUACUUCGACAGAUACUACCACUCCAAGUGACACAACUACUCCAACGCCAACCACUUUCACUAGUACCGCUUCUGAAGCAUCAUCAUCAUUAUCAUCUACAGAUUCAUCAUCAUUACCAUCAUCAUUGUCUUCUACUGAUGCAUUACCAUCAUCCACUGAUUCAUCAUCAACAUCAUCAUCAUUAUCAUCAUUAUCAUCAUUAUCAUCUACGGAUACUGUUCUUUCCACUACGAUCACCAGUAUCACCAGUCUAGCCGAUCCUACCACAACAAUAGUUGCAACUCUUCCAACAACAUCUCCAGCAACAAACACAGCAACCCCAGUCGUAUCACAGCAACAACAACAACAGUUGAAUGGAGGCAGUAUUGCUGGUGCUGUGAUAGGAUCCCUGAUAGGUGUAGCUUUGAUAAUAGGUGGAUUGAUAUUUUGGAUCCGACGACGACGACAUCGACAUCAAGAAGAUUUGGAAGUGUUUCACCCUGAUAGCGGAUCGGAAGAUGGCAUUCGAUCAUCUACUUCUUAUAUGGUCAAUCAUAAUAGUAGGUCUUUUGGUUUCAGUCGAUCUCCUCCUCCUCCACCUUUACAUCAAUAUGAUGAAAAAACAGCAGUAGAAUCUUAUCCUUAAUAUAUAUAUAAUCAUUAUUACAUUGAUGAAUAAAGACA